AUGUCGGGAUUAAUAUUAAAAGCAGCGAAUGAUUUUUCAGUUUACUUCCUUGGUACAUCUCGAAGUGAUGAUUCCACAGGUGAUCGUCUUAGUUAUCGAUAUACAUGUGCAAUACUUAUAGCAUUUACUGUUCUUGUAUCGAAUCGAGACUUUACUAUGCAACGUAUUCAAUGUUGGGUUCCAGCAUUCUUUAAUAAAAACUAUGAAGAUUAUACGAAUAAUGUAUGUUGGGUUCGUAAUACAUAUUAUAUUGAUGAUACAAAAGAAAUACCUGAAAAUCACGAUAUGCGUUAUGAAUCAUCCAUCCGUUAUUAUCAAUGGAUACAAUUUAUACUAUUGUUUCAAGCAUUGCUGUUCUUCAUGCCUUUUGUUUUAUGGAGAGCAUUGAGUCAACGAUCAGGCAUUGAUGUCCGAGAUGUUGUUGAAGCUGCAACUAAUUAUAAAAAAAUAACAGGUGAAAACGAGCGUAAACAAUUGAUGCAAUAUAUGAUAUCAAUUAUUGAUCAAUAUGUUGAUGAUCCACGUCGUCAAUCGAAUAAUCGUGAACAAGUUUGGUGGAAAAAAUGUAUUUUUGUAUGUUUUCCAUCGUCUGGUCGUUAUAUGGGAGAUUAUCUAAGAAAUUUAUUUAUUUUUAUCAAAAUAAUCUAUGCGAUGAAUGUGUUUGCACAAGUUUUUAUUUUAUCUUUUCUAUUAAGUCAACCAUUCUGGUCGUUAGGUUUUACAAUUCUCGAAGCUUUAUAUAAUGGAAGAGGUUGGGAUUAUCAAAGUCGACAUUUUCCUAAAGUAACAUUAUGUGAUUUUCAAAUUCGUGAAGCAAAUACAUUACCAAUAGCACAUACUUAUACGGUAAUGUGUGUUCUACCAAUUAAUCUCUUCAAUCAGCAAAUAUUUACAUUCUUAUGGUUUUGGUUUGUAAUUGUCAUUUUCUUCACAAUUUACGAUCUUCUUGUAUGGAUAUAUCGAUUGUUUUUUCGGCGAGAAAUUUAUUUAAGAGGACGUCUUAAAGUAAUGAAUCCAGAAUUAGCACAAAAAUGGCCAUAUAAAGCGUCAUGUGCAAAUCAUAUAAAUGAAGAAGAAAAUGAGCAUCUGAUUAAAGUUCAAGAACGUGGCGAAUCCGCAACAACUGGAGAUGAAGAGUAUGUUUUAAGUAAUGGGCAGAAAGUUCACCAUCAAUCAAGAAUGUUUAUUGUACCUCGUAUUUAUUACAAGAAUAAUCGAUCACUCUUUCAUUUCUUCGAUGCAGAAUACUUAGAACCUGACGGACAUUUUAUUUUAAGAAUUAUUGCUACAAAUGCUAGUGAUUUUGUUGCAACUUUAAUUCUUCAUCAUCUAUAUGAAAAAUGUUGCGAAAAACGAUUUCGCUCAAAUGAAGUACAAACUAAAAUGCCAGCACCUCGUACAACCAUUUACAAAUAUUUGAUCAUGCCUAAAGAAGAACCAGCUCCACAACAACUAAGAUUAAAUCAACCAAUAACAACGAAUAAUGAAACGCAGCGAACAACUGAUUCAUCAGCUCCUCCUCUUUUACCUCGUUCUGUUCGAAUAGAAAGUCAACUAUCAGAAAAAUCAGAUACUAAAGCACAACAUCGGCCAUCAAGACGAUCUCGAUCAGUACCAAAACCUAACAAAGGAUAA